AAAUGAAGGAAACGGCAUUAGAAGUUUGUUUGGAGUUCAAAAAAUGUUUUAGUAAAGUUCACAAAGAAGUUUGUGGGGCUAAAAGUGUCCAUAAGUAACCUUUGCUAAGAUUUCCGAGUAGCUAUAUGCGCAAUUUACUUCAGUUUGUAGUUUAUUAUGGGUGAAUGUAAAAAGACAGGUGCACGAUGUAUUACUGCAACUUGAAUCAUAUGCUGUGUUUUGAGUGCGUUGCACCAAAGUGCUGCAGAGUAAUCAAACGCUUUCUGUAAUAUAAUUAAGCAAGUUUUAGCUUGCAGGGCAAGCUGCUGUGUGCGUGCAGUCGGGGGCGUGAGUGGCUCGAUGACCCCCAUCAAUCUGCCACGAGCCGGAGUGUGACAAUAGCAUUAUCAUACCAAUACACCAUGCAGCUUUAGCCAAUCAGGGCACAGAGCUUUCACUGCGCCGCACGAACUGCAGGGUAUAAAAGAGGGUGACUGCGGCUGUGAAAGCACUCUGCUCUCUCUGCGGAUUUACUCUUCAGACUUUCUCGAGCUUUUCCACUGCGGAAUAUCCUCACAGCCUUCAUCAUGACUUUUGAGGUCCUGAUCCAGAAACCCACCGAGCGUGCUCAGUGCGCCGGCACUGCCCUCGAGGAGGUCCUGGUGACCGCCAAAGACAACGACUCCCUCACCGUUGGUGUCUACGAGUGCGCAAAAGUUAUGAACCUAGACCCGGACAGUGUGUCUUUCUGCGUCCUGGCCGUGGAUGAGGAGUUUGAGUGUGACAUCGCCCUCCAGAUCCACUUCACCCUCAUCCAGUCCUUCUGCUUCGACAACGACAUCAGCAUCGUCAGAGUGAGCGACAUGCAGCGUCUGGUGGAGAUUGUUGGGGACAAGGCGGAACAGUUUGAAGAUGCGCACUGCGUCCUCAUCACGAACCCGGCUGACGGGUCUUGGGAGGACCCCGCUCUGGAGAAGCUGCACCUGUUCUGUGAGGAGAGCCGGCGUCUGAACGACUGGGUUCCUGAGAUCAGCCUCCCCGAGCGCUGAUCUGGGACCCGCUCCUCACUUGCUCAGAUGCUGCAAAGCUUCUUAUCUGGAAAUACUCAUCCUGGUGGACAGGAUGACCCUGUUUCUGCUCAUCCCUGGAUACUCCUGAGGAGGAUUCCCGUCCAGGCAGCGCGGCGCCGGCCCGAGGGGCCCCCGUGAACCGUCGCCUCUUGUCCCGUCCAUGCCAAGAUGACUCUCAUUCUUUAUGUGAAUGAGGUCGGGCAUGCCACAAGAGCGACGCAUCGACCCUCAUUCUUUGUGCGGAUGAGGUUUGGAGAGGAAGGAGAAGCGAGUUCUGCGUCCUGUGGUUCCACAGAGCAAAUGUCGCACGUUGAAGCACGCGCAGCAGGAGAAGAAGCGGUGCUGAGAGAGAGGCCUUCUUAGAAAGGGACUUUUUAAGGAUGUCCUCUUUGCUGAGCAACAUGACAUCAGUUGCAGUCAGCGGAAAUGUUUCCCACUUUCCAGAAUUGUCUUAAUUCUCUAAGGGUUUCACUUUAGAAAUUUAAUAAUGACAAAAUAUUCUAAAACAUAUAUAGAAAACAACAAAAUGUCUAUAUUCUAAAGGUUUCACUUUAGAAAAUGGCUCAAUUAACUUAAUGUCAUGAGAAUUUGUUAGAUUAUCCUAUAAAUAUUUUACUAUGUAGCCUGUAGUGAAAACAAAUGUUUAAAACAAAUAAAAAUUUGACUUAAUGUGUUUGAUCUUUUUGAGGCAAUGCUGGAAACUAACUUGGUGUUAACUUAUCAGCUGUUUCAAACAUUAUUGGAAGCUGUAAGUGGAAAAUACUCAAUAAAACUUGAAAGAUGAAUUCUGCGUUGUGUUUUCACUUGCAGUUGCAAAACUCUGUUUUUUGUGCUUCUUCGGGGUGUUUAGAGGGAGGGGGGCUGAAACUAACACAAGCUUUAAACUCCCUUUGGGUGGAGAGACCGAUACAGCCUGACAUCUGAGGGAGGAGGGGGCAAACACAUUCAGGCCCUCCUCCUCCAGACUUCAUCUGCAUAUGUAUGGCGCAGAGCACAAUAGCGGGGCUCCCGGCCUGUCAGCUCCAGCGGUCCGAACAGAGUGCCUAUUGUUUAGCCCGCAGAUGUCUUCCCUGGCCACGCCGCACCAUCUGCUGCUUCCUGCAGGUUGGGGUCGGGCAGGGCAGGGCUGGGAGGAGUCGGAGGGGUUAGUCAGUACAGUGCUGCAGGGGGGCUAAGUGAGGUCUGGCUGGUUUGGGCCGGUUUUGGGGAGAAGAGAGGGUGGGGGCCCUGACUAUCAUAUGGUAUCCUGCCAGCUGCUGUCGGGACUAUUAUUUACUGGCAGGCACUUGGUGAAACUUUGGUAAACACAGCACAAAGACAGGAGAUCAGCUGUGUUUGGGUGCAGCAGCAGAACCACCUGCUCUGCCUUUAAAAUGAAAUCUGCAUCAGGCACUGCUCCUUACUUUAUUUACACUUUCAUGAACAGGGUAUAAGCGUUGUCUCUCUCAUUUAAUGUACGGAGCAGUGCAAUAGAGUCCCAUUCUCUCUCUCUUUUUACAGCUUUUAUAUUGUCUGU